UUGCUGUUGUUGUGGCAUUCUUCAUCUGCUGGGCACCGUUCCAUGCCCAGAGGUUGCUGGCCGUUUACCUGGCAACGGCCAGUCCCGAAGCACAGGCCGCUUUCCUCCACAUCUACACGGCCCUCAUGUACAUCUCAGGAGUCCUAUACUUCCUCUCGACGACCGUCAAUCCGGUCCUGUACCACAUCAUGUCCAACAAGUUUAGGGAGGCAUUCAAGAACACAUUCUACGCUUGGUUCGGCGGUAAAAAGAUGGUCAGAGGACGAGAGACGACGACGACGAGGACGUAUUCGAUGCUUUCCAGGUGUCCGCCUUCUCUGAAGAAGUAUCAAAGAUCAAUCUCGGACGGAGUAGCAAAUUGCCAGCAGCUUCCUCUGAAUCCUCACGACGAGGAUUCCGAUGAUAAGCAGAUCAGCGGAAACGGUAAGGUGGAUCGGUUUCGACCGAGGAUGCUUUCUCAGACCAGCCAGACGACCAUGUUAACCACAAUUUCCAAGUCGAUUUCCGUGGAUGGAGGUGACAGGAAAAAGCCGGAGCCGAGGAGGCACGAGGAUAUCGGUAACAGAAAGUAUUUGGAUGGAUUCUCGAAGAUCUUCAGUUUGCUGCACAGCCCGUACGAGGCGAAGAACUCGACAGCGGACAGCGCCAACAACACCAUCAGCAAUUCGAGUCUGCAGGAUCUGGAGGAGAUAGAGUUCAGCAGCAGCGAUCUGGUGCGGUACAUGGAAGAAGUCAACGAGGACCUCAUAUAGCCAAUACCCAUGCAAAGGCUUCGCACACAACUGGACACUAUCUACGAAUCGCAAUGAUCUCAUCCCAAGAGCCUAAGCAUACACCACUUAAUCCUUCGACGGUACGAAAAUCUACAAUUAUAUUCAUUCAUAUAUAUAUACAUAUAAAUAUUUAAUUGUUACGGAAUCGAUGUUUUAUCCUCCUGGUGAAGUGCUCGGAGACGAAGUUAAUUAUGUACAAAUUUCGAUUUAGAUGCUGAGCAAAACCCAACCCCAGUUUAUUUCUUUUAUUUUGUAAUUAUUUACAACUAUAUGUGAUAAUCGUAUAAGAAAACAAAAAACAUUUAUAAGUGUUACAGUUAUUCCUCCCACAAAAAAAAAAACCUUAGUUAACUUAGUGAUUCCAUCCUCAGAUUGACUGUUUAUCUAUAUAAUAAUUUUUAAAUCGUCAGACUUUAAAUAUUUUUAAUUUUAAUAA